GCGAUACUCUGUCUCCACCUACUCUACCCAUUCGGCCAUGGAGACUUGAGUUGACCUCUUUUCAAUAUUGCGGAGAGUGGUCAUAACUCAAUUUCCAUCUCAUCAUGGCGAAAAUCUACAAGGACACCCGGGUUGACCUCCGACCGCACUCCCCAAGCACGGUCGUGAACAUUCAGAUUCCAACAGAAGCGAGUCCCCCAAGCCGAGCUCGAUUUGCGAUUUCCACCUUCAGCAGUCAAGAACAACCGGUAGCGAAAGAUGAGGAAGACUUCACCAAGCGGUACUUGGCGACGCAGGGAUCUAUCUAUUUUCGCAAACGCAGCGUCUAUCCCCGGGCUUUCCUCUGGCGAGUUGUCGAUGACAACAAGCUUCUGGAAAUCCACUGUGUCGAUCUAACCAAGGGUGGGGUCGAGCACCACGAAUACAAUGUGACACUGCGCUUCGAAUUCGAGGACCACAUCGUGCCGUCCGGUGUGGACUUCGCAGACGUGGAGGAACACGAAGCGUUGAGCGUUUUCGUGAUCACGACCGAUAAGCACUUGCACACUUUGACUCUGCGGCCUGAAUUUUUCCGGAGGACAGAUGCGAUUGAUGAGCAAAUCACUGAAUGGUGCAAGGCUUAUGUUCCUGCGCCGUUGACAUUUACAAACCCCCACCGCCUACACGCCAGUAGCCCUCUGGAAUUGUUCAUCUCUCUUGACAACGGUGCCCUGUUGCGAUUGACAAGGAAGUCUAGUGAUGAUGGUUCGCAUUGGACGCCACUCACUUUCGACGAGAGAACAUGGAGCGCAUCGAUCCGCGGCUUGGUCAAAUGGCACGCGCAGCCUUCCAUCAAAUACAAGGGACGCACCCUCGAUACGAAUGUCGCAAACGCCAUUGCAACGACAUCCGAUCAGACCUAUGUCUUUGCGGUUUGUCUCAACCAUACCCUGAAGAUCUGGAACCUCGCCACCAACAAGAUAGCUGCGACGAGGGAUCUGUUGGACCGUGAAAUACAGCAGCCAGAGGAACUAGCAUACUCGUUGAACCCAGCUGAGUCCUCGUUUAUCCGGGUAUUCAAUAUGGAGCGUGCGUUGGACGGAGGCUACCGCUAUUAUGUCGUCACCUACUCUCCGUUUGAAGAUGGGCGCUUCAAGUUCUGGGCUGUAAAGGGCGGCCUUACAUCUCCGUUGGUGAUUGAAGACAUGUACCCCGGCGUGGCGUUGAAGCCGGUCGACCCAGAUUCAACUGGAAGUAUGUUCUGGAGCAUCGCAGACUUCCAGAUCAAGCCUGCAGAGGAGGGUAAGCGCAUGGAACUAUGGGUUCUGUGGAGGAACAGCAGUCUGUAUCAGCUGUAUACGCUACACUUCAACUUCGAGUCCUUGCCCAAGGAUUGGUCCUCAAACUGGGUAUCAACCGUCAUGGACACUCGCUGGCAGGAGCCCCCGCCCGUCAUCGCUACCUCGGAUGUCGUUGACCCGACUGAGAAGUGGCUAGAUUACUUAUUGAAGCCCAAUAGAUAUUCGCCAGAGGUUCUUGAAACCGCCUUGUCGAUCUACCAGGAGGCUCUCAAGCCCAUGGCGCCGGCUGGAUUUCCGAAGAGAACACACAGCAUUGAAGAACGGCUUUGCUCUACUAUCGGUGCGCAUGUGUCCCUUCGCAAGCAUGUCGACGAUGAGAUGGACUAUACUCGUUACCGCAUGGACACGGAUUCGAAGUGGCGCCAGUUUUGGCAGAUUGCAGUCGAUGUCAACAAAAGGCGGUUCGAACCGAUCUCCCUUGCGUACGAUGUCUAUUACGAAACUCCUUGGAUGCUUUUCUCGGAUGGCUGCGCAAUCAUUCGUGAAUGUAGCUCCGCGGAGCUGAUACUGCACAACUCCGGCGCUCAGCUUCGCUCAGAUGGGCCAGUCAUUGUGGAUCGUUGGAGGCACCGAAAACUGGAGACAGAGAUUGGUAGUCUAUAUGAGCAAGCGUCCCAUCUAAUCACGGUUGCAUCUGGUUUCCGCAAGGCCUUCUCCGCAGAGCUGGAAGCUGCUUGCCAGGAGGCCCUUGGGGCGGAAAUCUUUACUGAGCCCUCGACUUCUGUGCAAGACAGGAUGGACACCUUCCGUGAACGGUGUGAUUUCGGAGAGCAGGUAUCUAAUAAGAUGUAUGAUGCCUUGGUCUCUGUGAUGAGUGAACAUCUCAAUAUCUCUAAAAUGCCCAACGACGUAUUCUAUACCAUCAUUGAUACCAUUCCGCUGGACUUCCCGGGCAAAAACUCCGAUCUCUUCCACACCCAUUUCGGAGUGAAGGUAAUCGUGAACGGGGUCCAGGAAACCAUCAUCUUGACGCGCAAGACUCUAGCUGACCUUCUGUUCCUUGUUCUAUUUGUGGACGGGGAGGUCGAGCAAGAGGCUGGCUCAGAUUUCGACGCGGCGGACCUUUUCGUGACUCUUACUACUCUGCUGAGGGAAUAUGAAAUGAUGUCCUGGUUGAGCUCGCAUUCACGCAAGUGCGCCGACCGCCCAAUUCACACCCCGGUUGGCUCGUCUCCUGUGGCCCAGAAGGACACUAUCCGUAAGGACAAGGGAGAGCGAACGGCCACCAUACUCGAGGAUCUAUUUGCUAGUGAUAUCAAACCACGCCAAACGAUCGGGCUGCCUCAAAGCUAUACGGUAACCCUGGGAAUUCGCGACAUCUUGUCGUGGGUGACUCGUCAAGGAGAGGUUGCCUAUCCCAAUGCCUUGGUCUACAUACAGUGCGAUCUCAUCGCUAAGAACAAUAUUGACCUCGCUUGGGAUUUCCUGCGCUUCCAAGCGAGUACGUCCUGGGCGACCUACGUGAAGGGUCGGUUGUAUGUGGCCAUGUCUGAAUACGACACUGCGGCUCUGUACUUCCGCAAAGCUGCCUACCUACUGUCUUGUGGAAAACCCCUGGGUAACCUGCACGAGAUGUCAUCGACGUUGCUGGACAUUGUCGCGGUGGAUUGCUUUCACAACGGCCUUCCCAAGUACUUUCAACACAUCGUGACGAUCUUCGAGCAUGUACGCUCGUUCUCGCAUGUUGCCGACUUUGCAAGUCUCGCGCUGCAGGCGCUUGCAAGUGAGCAUGGCAGCCAGCAACAUGAUGUGGACUACUCCAGCUUGCGUUCGGAUCUCCUGUCGCGCUUGUUCAACGCUUCGUUGCAGAAUUGUCAGUUCGACCAGGCAUACUCUGCUCUUUCCCGAUAUAAGGAUCGAACUCUGCAGAAGGUCGCUUUGGGCUCUCUGCUUACCAGCAUCCUGACCGUCUCGGGGCCCGGCACUGCGGGUCUCCAGCAGAUUCUCCACUUCCCGACGUCGCUCAUCCCCAACAUCGCGUCCUACGUGGACGAAACCUUGUCUUCACUUGCUCAAAAGCAGACCUCCUUCACCUCCUACCUCGAAACCGACAACAAAUGGAGCGACAGCACUCCGGAUUACCAGCGCAUCCUACAAGCCUAUCGUAUUGAAAGGGGCGAUUACCGUGGCGCCGCUGAGAUCGCUUACCGGAAUGUUCAGCGCCUCCGGCACGCCCGCGACGUUUCCACCCAUCUCAUUCUCACUCGGGCAGAAAAAGCCGAUGAACUCCACCCAAUCGAAGAAGACGAUCCGGAAAGCAAGGAAAUCCGGCACGAGCUUCUAUCGCUCAUCAACCUUCUCGCUUGCGUCGACAAGAGCGAAUCCUACAUCCUCGUGAACAAGGAAGACCCCCAACAGCCACUACCGUCAUCCCUCCAGGCCCGACGCCGCAGUGUCCCGCCUCACUCGCAGCCCGAGCCUGAGGGCAACCAUGCAAUGGAUGAGGCCAUGGCCGUUUCUCCCUCGCCCAACCCCGCCUCCAUAGGCGGAUCCCCCUCCGGGCGCCGUCUCAGCGCUAGCACGACGGCCAUCCGGCCCUCUGACCGCCGCGACAGCAAGGCCUCCAUUAGCAGUGCCGUCUUGAGCAUCCCGCAGAAGCGGGUAAUAGUGACGCUGGAGCACCUCCGCCGUGAAUACCAGGCCGAACUGGACCGGGUCAGUCGAAUUGAACGCGGUGACUGGGAGUUCGGGCUACUUGGUCCGGUUGACGAUGACAAUGGCGACGAGGACACAACCAUGGUCCUCGCUUAGAUUUGCCGUUGUCGACGGGCAUGUAAUCUCACGUGUUUUGAGGGUCGGUUCCAGGCGGGGGUGUGUAUCUUGUGUGUACAACUAGUAUUGCAGUCUGUUCGACGCUAGACUAAGAAUGACUUGAAUUGUG